UUCACAAGUUCCUCAUCCAUCCACUCACUCUCAAAACACACACCACCAUAAUUAAAUUUGUUGCUUCAAUAUUGUCAUUAUGAAGUGGAUUGUUAUGAAUUUAGUGGCAGUGGUAAUGGUAGUGUUUCUGGGUUUGUGGAGUACUACUAGGGUGGGAGCUGAUCCACAAGUACCUUGCUACUUUAUUUUUGGCGACUCUUUGGUGGAUAAUGGGAACAACAACCAGCUAAAUUCUUUGGCCAAAGCUAAUUACCUCCCUUAUGGGAUUGACUUUGGUGGAGGGCCAACUGGAAGGUUCUCCAAUGGAAAAACUACUGUUGAUGUAGUUGCUGAGCUUUUGGGAUUUGAUAGUUACAUACCUCCCUAUUCAACAGCCAGAGGCCAAGACAUACUCAAAGGUGUCAAUUAUGCUUCUGCAGCAGCAGGAAUUAGAGAGGAAACUGGACAGCAACUGGGAGGGCGUAUUAGUUUUAGUGGGCAGGUGGAAAAUUACCAAAGGACGGUGUCCCAAGUGGUGAAUUUACUUGGAGAUGAGAACACAGCAGCAGAUUACUUGAGAAAAUGCAUUUAUUCAGUUGGAUUGGGUAGCAAUGAUUACCUCAACAACUAUUUCAUGCCUCAAAUCUAUUCCAGCAGUAGGCAGUACACACCACAACAAUAUGCUGAUGUUCUUAUUCAAGCUUAUGCUCAGCAACUCAGGGUCCUGUAUAACUAUGGGGCAAGGAAAAUGGCCUUAUUUGGAGUUGGCCAAAUAGGUUGCAGCCCAAAUGAACUGGCCCAGAAUAGCCCAGAUGGCAGAACAUGUGUGGAAAGAAUCAAUUCUGCAAAUCAAUUAUUCAACAAUGGACUGAAAUCCCUUGUUGAUCAACUCAACAACCAGCUGCCAGAUGCAAGAUUCAUCUACAUAAACUCUUAUGAUAUCUUUCAAGAUGUCAUAAACAACCCAUCAUCCUAUGGUUUCACAGUUACAAAUGCUGGGUGCUGUGGGAUAGGAAGGAACAAUGGACAAAUUACAUGUCUGCCCCUGCAAGCCCCCUGCAGUAACAGGAGGGAGUACUUAUUUUGGGAUGCAUUUCAUCCAACAGAAGCUGGGAACACUAUCAUUGGUAGGAGAGCUUACAACUCUCAAUCUGCAUCUGAUGCUUACCCAAUUGAUAUCAACCGCUUAGCUCAGCUUUGAAGAGUGUCGGUCUAGUAGUGGUAAUAAGCUUGUGUGCCACUAGUAUUCACGUUUCAAUGAGUUGUUUCUGCUGUUAAAGGCAUAUAAGAAUGUUCUUAACUUUUCUUUUUCUCUUCGUGUUUUGGAUGUUUUUGUUCUCUAAGUCUAACUUGUCAUAAAUUUUGUAAGGUUUGCAUCUUAAUAGUGAAUCAAUAUGCUUCUUAUUGGCCGAUGAAA